GGUCGCGUCGACUAAAUUGUCCGGAACCUGCAUCUAUAAUGGUAUCAAGGAGCUGUGACGGAGAUGUGAGAAUCAGUGCAAAAGGCAUCCAGUGUUGAUUUAGUUGUGGUUUGGCUCGUAAAAAUUUGUCGUAAUGAUGAAAAGAUUGAGGAGAACUCUCAGCUUCCGUAGCAGAUCGAAAUACAGAGCGAACAACAAUCCAGCAAAUUGGGAAAAUGAUAGCAUAAAUAUCAAACACGGUGGCCUCAGUUUCCCUGCCAAGUACCUUGGUUCACUUGAAGUUCAAGAAUCAAGAGGAACACAAGUAUGCUCAAAUGCUGCACAUCAGAUGAAGAUGCAUCCACAAACAAAGAAGAAAAGAGUGACAUUAUGGGUGACAGAGGAUACAUUGAGGGUUAUUGAUGAUGUCACAAAGUCACUUGUGGUAGAUCAAGUAAUAGAGAAAGUUUCAUUCUGUACGCCGGAUCCAAGUGAUGAGAAAUUGUUUUCAUACAUAUGCAGAGAUGGCACAACUCGCAGGUGGAUGUGCUACAGCUUUAGAGGAAUCAAACAUACUGGGGAAAGAAUAAGUCAUGCUGUGGGAUGUGCAUUUACAGCCUGCUUGCAGAAAAAGCAGCAACAAAACAUGAAGAAUGACAACUUCCAGCGAUCAGGAAGUACAAGAAUGUCGAAGUUAAAAGAGCGUGGAAAUGCAAAUGGAGUGGUACUUCCCCAAGAGAGUGUGCAGCAGCUCCAAGAAAUAAACCAAUAUGAAUACGAAGAAAGAAUGAAAAAAGCACAGGAAACUCAGCAUAUUAAAACAACCACCGCCAACACCAGUGUAACAUCUACUAAUGAUUCUGCCCAGCUUCUAAACGGAAUAUCUCCACCGGAAAGUAAAAAGAGCGCAAACACUUUUAUUAGGCCCAGACCGACCCCUAGUGCAGAUCCAUCUCCAUUCACUCGACAUAUGUCACUUCCAUAUCGGUCACGGCCGAUGGGUCAUCCUGGCUUUAAUCAAAAGGGCUCUAGCACCUACCAAGCCCUCACAGAUGACCUGCCGCCACCACGUCUCCAGGCAGAUUCAUCCAGCAUCGAAUCUGCACAUCUGCACUCAGCUGCACAGGCAAACAGCCCUCAUUCCCAGGCUGAUAUGUGGCUGGCCACAGCAAGCAGCUCUCAGAACCAAGGCCUGCUAGUGACUACGACACCGAAUCCGUUCUCCACUGGGUCAGUCACUACUACUGCCUCUGCAGGCUGGAACCAUAACAACGCCGCGGCAAACACAGCCGAGCCAACACCUAAUCCCUUUGGAUCAGACAGUUUUGAAAGCAAUUGGUCACAAGCCGGCACUCAAAGCACGCAGGCUAACCCGUUCUCGGUUGAUUUGAGCAACAGGAAGGAACAAUUUGUGUAAGAGUAGAUUGCAAUGUUUUGUACGGAAUCGAAGUUUUAUUUAGUAGUUCAAAAUGCAUGUGGUGCACUUUUUGUGAAUCAAAAUGCACAUAGCGUCGUGAUUAAGAAUUGAUUGCAAAAAAGAUCAAUCUAACAAUUUAAGUAUAAGAGAACCUGCCAAUUGAAGGAAAAUUGUUACCGUUGGUACCCUCCUGCUUUCCACCCAUGUGUAGGCAGUGCACUGUGUUCUGAAGAUGAUAGCCAGUGAUGUCUUAUUUUAUCCACUUUGUCCUUUAUCAAUGUCAUUCUCUCUGUGAUACAUACAUGUCUGCUAAAAGUAGGAACUUGAAAGAUGCAGAAGAAUUGCGAAGUAAAAAGCUUGAUAAGAGGCCUCUAUAAUUUAAAAGGAAUCAAGCUAUGUUUCUUCUAAACAACAUUGCCAGUUCUUCUUCAAACCUUUUAUAACAAAUUUUUACGUAGGCCUCUUGAUUAAUAAACGACUCCGGUGUCAUUUGUUUCCAGCAGCUACCUAUCUUCUUUUUGUUACCUGGAUGCACUCACCCUAGAAGUUCUACAUCUUGAGAUUUAUAGCAUCAAAUCUCCUGAUGUACUGUACUUAUAGUUUUUUUAGUUUUACUUUGCAUUUUGUCGUUAAAUCCCUUUUAUAUCUAGCUAAGUGUUGCCAAUUUAACCUUUUUCACAGCAUAACUGAGCAUCACGAUAUUAUCUAUUUUUAUUAACAACUUACAGGCUUAGUUCUGUUGUCUGAUGCUUUAGAAUAAAUUAUUUUCUUGAUUGUUAUAAAUGUGAUCAGUUCGUUAUUAUAACCAGAAGUAGCUAUUGAUAGGAUUAAGUUUUUAGUCAUUAUCAUCAUCAUCAUCAUCACCUAAACAGAGCAGCUAUUGUAAAUGUUAUUCGGAUAAGAUUUUUACGGCCUUGGUGCGUUUAUCGCUUGUUACGUAGACACGAUCUUGAAUUCCGAACAAGCAUUUAUUUUCGCCAAGUAGUUUUGUCCGAGCAUAUUGACAAGAUUUGGUCGUAAAAUCUCUACAGCUGCAAAGACCAGUUGUAUGACUAUAUAGAUUAAACAUAUUUUAGGUUCUUUAAUGUUGUUAAGUCUUUUUUGAUUUUACUUUUUAGGUACUAUAUAUAUAAUGACAAGCAACAACCUGUAAUGAUAACGUAAUACUUUAAGGAACGUCAAGAUCUGGCUUGAGUUAAAACGAAUAUUUUUUAUAGAAAAUCGAAUCGAAGACUUUUGAUGUUCUAUCAUCAGUCUGCUCCUAUUGGCAAGAUAAGCCCCCGGCCAUCACUUUUCCGAGCUCUGCAUACCGAACGCCAUUAAUGAGCUAUACAAAAGUUGUAUAUAUACUUGCGUCGACAUGCCACUUGUUGGGAAGACGGACAAGAACCCGUACCAGUUUCUCCCAUUGAUAUGUGUCUUCAAUUUGUCAUCAAAGUCGUUGGAUCAAAGAGCAUGCGUGAUAAUGAUUGAGUUCAACGCGCAUAUUCUUUGACUUCAAGACGGGGGUUGCCUAACUUUUCUUUUUGUUGCUCGUCUGCCCAGAACGAACUCAUUGCACCUUCGUCGUUUCAUUCAGCAACGUGUAAUUAUAAGUAGCAAUGUGUAAUUACGGCAACUAGAGAAGUGUGCAUUCAAUAUUGUGUUGUAUCAACAGCAUGCACGUUGUUUUGCAAUGUAGGAUACCAGCAAAUAUAGCUCUGUAGUAUGUGCGGUCAUCUUUUAUGAUAUAUCUAGGUAGACGACAGUAUCAGACUGAAUAACCCGAUAUUUCUUGAAAGCCUCUGAUUGACGGCCAAUCGAAUGUUCACUUAAACGAAGGUAUUUGAGAUAAGAGAAAUUGGUUUUGAUAAACUCUUUCUUUUGUGAUGUUUUAAACCACAUGUGACUAGAAUUCAAUUAAAUUCGUGUAAAUGUAUCAAGGAUAUUAAUUUGUAGAUUUAUUGUCAAAGUAAGAAAGAGUAGUAAAAAUUUCUUUUGCGUGUGGUAA